GGGGUGGGCCCCGCUCCCUUCAUGGACUAUAUAUACAACACGCCCCAAUUCAACCGAUCCAUCUCCAAAUUUCACCUUUGUUGAUUCAAUUGAGAUCACAACGCAGAGAGAAAUGACGAAGAUAUAUCCAAACGCCGCCUCCUCCUCCUCCUCGCCGUCUCCGCUGUCGAGCUCCGACGACUGCAAAAUCGGCGGCGACGAUCCGGUGGUGCUCACCGUGUGGAAGAAAUCUCUCCUCCUCAACUGCGAGGGUUUCACGGUGUUCGACCCCCGCGGCAACCUCGUCUACCGCGUCGACAAUUACAUGGCCGCCGCCAAGGGCCACAUCUUCCUCAUGGACGCCUCCGGCGCUACUCUCCUCACCAUCCGCCGCAAGAAACUGAGCCUGGGUGAUACGUGGCUGAUCUUCGACGGCGAGACGGCGGAGAAUCCGAGGUACACGGUGAGGAAGAACGUGAGCCUCCUCAACAGCCGGUGCCUGGCUCACGUCUUCCAGAAGAAGAGCGUGCCGAUCUACCUGAUCGAGGGGUCGUACGCGCGGCGCUGCUGCUCCGUCUACGACGAGAAGCGGCGGCGGGUGGCGGAGAUCAAGCAGAAGGAGGCCUCCGUCACCGGAGUGGCUUUCGGCAAGGACGUUUUCCGGCUGGAGGUGCAGCCGGGGUUCGACGCCGCGGUGGCGAUGGGCAUGGUGAUCCUCCUGGAUCAGAUGUACGGCUCCGGAAGAUUCAUUUGAGAGCAACGAUUGAUUGAUUAAUGUAUGAGUAUGAAUGUCAUUUUUUUGGAGGCGAUUCCUCUCGCGUGGUUUGGUUUUUUGGGUUUUUGAGAAAAGGCCAAGCUGAAUCAGUUGUGUAGUUUGUGUGAGGGAAUCAGCCGCCGUUACUCUCAUUCAUUUCUCAUCGCCAUCUUCUUCUGUAUAUAUAUAUACCACCACAAAUUUCU